AUGGUUAAAACGCGGGGUGCUCUCGAAAGAGAGAAGUUGAAACAUGCCACGGAUGCUCAGAGUGAAGUGCCAUGCCCAAAGAACUCCAAAGAAGAAGAAUUUAUGGAUCACGCGAGCCAGUUCAACGCGAAGGCACUCAGUUUGCAGAUUCAGCCCACCGCGAAAGAGGGUAGCAUCAAAACUGAAACUGAACAUGGUUAUCAGCGAUCUAAUACUUCAAAUAAAACUUCGAUGUCUUCACUACAGGCAAAAAAAAAACAAUUAGAGUUAGACGCCGCCGAAGCUAAAGCUAGGAUCGAGAAAGAGUUAAUAGAUAAAAAGCUAGACGCUGAACUCGCUAAGCUGGAUGAAGAAUAUUCUCAGAAGUCCCGUUGCAGUGGAGAACAACGAUCUAUUUUGUCCGAAACAUCUCAAAAAGUGGAACAGUGGCUCGAGAAAAGUCGCCAAGACGAUCAAGACGAACGCGUUCUCGCGACCCCUUGGCAAGAACCGAACCCCGGACCCAGCUCACUUCAAACCCUAGCACAAGCAAUGGAAAAACUAGCUACUACAACUCAAAGUGCUAAUACGCGCCUUUUAUCUCGAUUAGCCACGUCUAAGGACUUACCGUUAUUUUCUGGUGAAUCGCUCGAGUGGAUUCAAUUUAAAAAAUCAUACGAACAAUCCACGAAGUUAUGCAACUAUAGUGAUACUGAAAAUAUCGCGAGAUUAGAGAAAUGUCUCCGUGGUGAAGCUAAAGAAACGGUCUCGUCUUUAUUUACGACCGAUACCUCACCACGCGCCAUCCUAGACGCACUAGAGCUACGAUUCGGAAGACCCGACCUAAUCAUAAAUAAAAUCUUAACACAAUUUAAAAAAUUGCAACCUUUACCGCAAGCGUAUCAUAUCGAGUUGGUGAACUUCGCCGUCAGAGUGAAGAAUUACGUGGCAGCUGCAGAGUCUAUUAAGCAGACCGAUCAUCUUCGAAGCCCUGAGUUACUAAGCAUCGUUAUAUCAAAGUGUCCCAGUGCGCUUAUCAACAAGUGGGCAGACUAUAUAUACGAACAUAGCGAUACAAAUAAAGCUAAAUUGCAGUUAUUCUCCGAGUUCCUGCACAAAGAAGCUACGAAGAUCGCCGCCGCUGGUGUAACUCAUAUCCAUCCUCAAAAUGAACACAAGUUACCCAAAAAGAUGGAAGACCGAAAAUUUCAAGUUCACCCCAUUUUAAACAACGAUAAUGAUACUAACACGAAGUGCAAGUUUUGUAAGGUGUCUUAUCAUCCGCUGACUAAUUGCAUUAAAUUUAAACGCGCGCUACGCAAGGAUAAAUGGCGCUUUGUCAAAAUAAAUAGAAUAUGCCAUAAAUGCCUGUUGCUAGGCCACGGGAAAGAAACCUGCCCGGCCGCAUCGUGCGAUGUUGACGGCUGCGGGCUACCCCACCACCGCCUCCUUCACUGGCCGAAUAAACCUAACGCAGCCAGUGCAGCGCCACGCAAUAACAGCACUAAUGAAGACCCAAAUAAUACGCCAACAUUAAGCGCGACAGAUGAAUCUGCCAACAACAAUCCCACGACCGCAAUCGUAACAAAUACUGUCGUGGAACCUAGUGAUAGUGAUAGUGUUUACCUAAAGUCUGUACGAGUGAACCUGCAUGGACCUGGCGGCACUAUUGCUACAUACGCCCUUCUAGACGAUGGGGCCGCAGUGAGUCUCAUAUCAGCUGAUCUUGCUAACUGUGUCAACCUUCAAGCUGUACUCGGCCGACCUUUGACCGCCGAGCAUGCCUUGACAACCGUGCUGUAUGAGCGCGCUAAACCGGCCGCCGAAAUCUGCAACGCAUGCACUCCGCCCUCCACCGCCACCCCCGCGGACAUACUUGCCGUGCGGCGGGAGACGCACACAUGCACAAACGCAGACACACACUCAUCACCUCAAUCGUCAAGCGAUGCACUUAGCGACAGCGCAGAUAAACAACUUCAUGAACUGGUUCGCCGAUCGUUUGCGCUCGAAUCAAUAGGAGUGAACUCUAAGCCACGCGUAAAUAAGGACGACAUUCGCGCAGUCAACAUCAUUGAUAACUCUGCAAAAUUAAUUAACGGGAGUUAUGAAAUUAGUUUACCAUGGAAAAACGAUGCUAUACUGCCUGACUCUUACCCAAAUGCUUACAAGAGAUUCCUCGCUGUGGAAAGAAGAAUGUUGUCAGAUGAAGGAUACGCCUCUAGGUAUACGGAGCGUAUUAAUCAUCUACUUGAAAACUAUUACGCCCGAUUAUUAUCAGACGACGAAUUGUUAGCACCACAUAAACGCAUAUUUUAUUUAGCCCAUUUCGGAGUCGAUAACAAAAACAAGAAAAAAUUGAGACUUGUGCAUGACGCCUCAGCCGCCACCGCCGGUCGCUCCCUGAACGACUACCUACUCCAGGGUCCUGACCUACUUCAGUCUUUACUGGGCAUCAUGUUACGCUUUCGAGAAAAACCUGUUGCAAUUAUGGGCGAUAUAAAAGAAUUCUUCCUUCGCAUCAAGAUAACGAAAGAAGAUCAGCACGCAUUACGAUUUUUAUGGCGCGAAAACGCAAACAGCGAACUAAAAACCUACGUUAUGACGUCAUUGUUAUUUGGAACCAAUUGUUCUCCAUUCAUUGCACAACAUAUUAAAAAUAAAAAUGCAAUGCGAUUCCAAAACGAAAUGCCUGAAGCGGUCAAAGCCAUUCUGAAGUCACAUUAUAUGGACGACUACAUCGAGAGUGUGGACAACGAGCAGUUAGCUAUCAAGAUGAUAACAGAAGUUUCCGAAAUCCACAAACAAGGUGGCUUCGAAAUAAGAAAUUGGAUUUCUAACAAACCCGAAGUCUGGGAAUGCACGCCAAAAGAAACCUUAAGUGAUAAGGCAAUAAGGUUCAAAACCGGAUGCGACGACGUACCUGAGAGAACGCUCGGGUUGCUAUGGUACCCGGCCAGCGACACAUUCGGCUUUGAUUUAUCACUUAAACGCAUUCCGACGGAGAUAAUUAACCUGCAAAGAAAACCUACGAAGCGGGAACUCCUGCGCAUCUAUAUGUCAAUAUUUGACAUUUUUGGCUUUCUUGCGCCAUUUACUGUUAAAGCAAAAAUAAUGCUACGAAAUAUCUGGAGAACGGAUACUAAAUGGGACGAUGAGAUUCCUACGAAUGAAUAUACAGUAUUUCGCAACUGGAUAACGGAAUUACAAACUUUGAAAGAUUUGCGCAUUCCAAGGUUUUAUUUUCACGACGAACGAGUUAUGAGCGAGCGCGAUAAUACUGAUAACGCUCGCUGCCACACCUUGCGCCAGAAUGAGACGACUAUAGAACUCGAACUUCACAUCUUUUGCGAUGCUGCUCCCACUGCAUACGCUGCCGUCGCUUAUUGGCGUAAAGUACAUAACAUCAAUGAAGUACAAGUUUCAUUCAUCGCGAGUAAGUGUCGUUCGUCACCUGUGAAGAAAUAUAUAACUAUACCUAAACUUGAGAUGGAAUCAGCUGUUAUCGCCUGCAGACUCGCUGACACAAUAGCGCGCGAACACAGGUUGACCGCCUGCACACGAUACUUCUGGACCGAUUCCUUAAUCGUUUUACAUCAAAUAAAAAACGACACGCGCAACUAUAAAGUUUUUAUCGCUAAUAGACUUGGCGAAAUUGAUGAAUUAUCUCAAUCCUGUGAAUGGAAUUAUAUACCUACCGACUUGAAUAUAGCUGACAAAGCGACAAAGUUAAAUACUUACGAGUUGAAUAACGACUGCGACUGGCUCCGCGGCCCUGAAUUCCUGUACUCGCCGCGGAACACCUGGCCGAAGUAUGACGCUGCAAAACAAAACAUAAACAAAGAUCAGCUGUUACAAGUAAACACGCUAUAUGAAAUAAAGGAUGAAGACUUACCUGUUGUUCCUGAUUUGAAUAAAUUCUCUUCGUGGACCAGACUAUGGAGAUGUAUGGCAAACGUUUUGUUGUUUAUUACGAGGUGCAGAAGACCUGGUAAUGCACAGAUUGAUGCCGACACGAUGCAACGCGCUGAAACUGAAUUAUUGCGUUACUCACAGAUGAAAUCGUUUCCAGAAGAGAUUUAUGCACUGAAAAAUAAUAAGGCAAUCGAACCAAGCAGCCGUUUACGCAAGUUAACCCCAAUAUUAGAUGAACACGGAUUGCUACGCGUCGGCGGGAGGAUCGACGCUGCUGCGUAUGUUGAUUUCGACCUGAAACGUCCCGUUAUACUUGACGGGCAUGAUUAUAUAACGAGAUUGAUAAUCAAGCGUUACCACGAGAUGGCUGCGCACGGUAAUAACGAAACCGUAGUCAACGAUAUUCGUCAAAAAUACUGGAUUGUCAAUUUACGCCCUACGGUACGUACAGUCGCGACACGAUGUUUGUAUUGCCGAAUUAAAAAAGCAAGACCUAGUAACCCACGGAUGGGAGACUUACCGGCGGCGCGACUCGCCCAUCAUCAACGCCCGUUUACUCACUGCGGCGUUGACUUAUUUGGGCAUAUGGAAGUGACAGUCGGCCGUCGUCACGAGAAGCGGUACGGAGUACUCUUCACCUGCAUGACAGUACGAGCAAUCCAUAUAGAAUUGGUACCCUCGCUGUCUGCCGAUUCCUUUAUCAUGGCCUUGAGACGAAUGGCAUCACGACGAGGCUGGCCGUACAGAAUGUACUCAGACCACGGUACCAACUUCAGAGGCGCCGAUGCUGAACUGAGGAGAUCGUUUAAAGAGACAAACGACCAAGCUAGCGUCAGAGACCUACUGACUACACAUGAACUUGAAUGGCGCUUCAUAUCACCGGCGAGUCCACACAUGGGCGGCUCCUGGGAGCGAUUAAUUAGAAGCGUCAAGACAUCCCUGAAAGUGAUCUUAAAGGAACGAGCCCCACGCGAAGAGGUUUUGAUCACAUUGUUGGCAGAGGUGGAAAAUAUUGUAAAUAGUCGUCCGCUUAGCUACGUAUCGACAGACCACGACGACCCAGAAAGUUUGACACCAAACCACUUCCUCAUAGGCUCCUCUUCGAACCUCCCAGUUCCUGGAGUAUUUGAUGAUACUGACCUGUUCCGGAAGAAAAUGUGGAGAAUAGCACAAAGACUUACCGAUGCAUUCUGGCGGCGUUGGAUGCGCGAGGUACUACCAAACCUUCUACCACGACAAAAAUGGUGCCAAGAGGGCAAACAGCUAAAAAAGGGCGAUGUCGUGGUAAUCGUAGACCCAGCGAUGCCUAGAAAUGUCUGGCCCAAAGGACGGGUCCAUGAAGUUCACGCUGGCGCCGAUGGGCGCAUUCGAAUUGUCGAUGUAAAAACACAAUCCGGAAUGCUUACCAGACCAGUGGCGCGUUUAGCGUUGCUCCCCACAGCUGAUGAUGAUUGUCCUUGA